ACUUCCGCUUCCGCUAGCAUUGGUUAGCGUCCUGGGUGGCCUGUCUCCUCUGUGAGUGUCCUCUCAGCCCGGUGUCCUGCCCCAGAGGAUCCUCCGCCCUCCCCCACCCUGGGCCGGCCUCCAGGCCCUUGGUCGGGGCUGCCUGGGCCAGGAAGCAUUUAUGAAGCGCCUACUGUGUACGGGGUGUAGUGCUCUGCGGUGAAGAGUCCGAGAAGGCGGAAGCCGGUCCCUACACUCGGGGAAUUUCCAGUCUAAUGGGGGGAGACCGCAGACCCACAAACGUGCACCGCGAGCUGCGCCCGGGGAGAAGAGACGGCCCCUGGGAAGACUGGGAGAAGCUGGGAUUAACCAAGGCGUGAGCGGAGCCGGGGGCGGGGAGGCCCCGGAAGAUGCCUGGAGGAGUCGGGGGGGCGGCGAGAAGGGCGAUGGCCGCAGAGGAGAGGGGGCAUGGCGCGGGGAGACUGACCGGAAAGGAGGGGGCUGCCGGGUGGAGGCCUGAUGUUUCAUCCCGGAGGCACACUAGCGGAGGCUCUGCUGAUUCUUGAAGGGCAUGGUCCCGGUCAUCGCAACUCAAGCUAAGGAGUCAGUGACCUUCAAGGAUGUGGCUGUGGAAUUCACCAGGGAGGAAUGGAGACAACUGGACCCUGCUCAGAGGAACUUGUUCAGGGAAGUGAUGCUGGAGAACUACAGGAACCUUGUCUCCCUGGGGCUUACAGUUGCCAAACCAGAUCUCAUCUUCUUUUUGGAGAGAGAAGCACCAUGGACUCUGCAGAGACAAAUCCUAGGAGGCACUUAUUCAGAUUGCCCUUGUUGGGAGCCUAGGUGUGAAGCAACUGAAAUUCCAGUAUGGGGUAUUGCUAUGGGUGAGUCAUCCAAGGAAAGACUCAGAAAGGAUUAUUCCAUGAUUUCUAAGUUAGAAGAAACUUUAGAAUCUGAUGCCGGAUUAGAGCAACAAGAUAGCCACCAAAACCUCUCAAAGCAGAUAACAAUCAUAAAAAGAAAAACUUCAACUUUAAAAGCCAAUGAAUGUGAUAUAUUGGAAAAAGGUUUUGGUGGGGGGAUGCUUCUGAUACCACAAAAGAGAGUUCGAACAGGAAAAUAUUUAAGUAAAUGUGAUACAAAUGAAACAAACCUCAAACAGUGGUCAGAUGAAAGGAAGUAUAAUGGACUCCUUUCUGAGAAGCUUUGCAAAUCUAAAUACGGUAAGUCAUUUGGUUGCCAUUCAGAACUUACUGAACAUCACAGAAAAUACACCGAAGAAAAACCGUGCAAAUGUAAUGAUUAUGGGAAGUCCUUUGACAGGAGGGGAUCUCCUACUGACCAUAAGAGAGUUCAUUCUGGAGAGAAAUCCUUUGAAUGUAUGGGAUGUAUGAAAUCCUUUAAAUGGCAUGGACAUUUGACUGAGUAUAAGAGAAUUCAUACUGGAGAGAAGCCCUUUGAAUGUAAUGAUUGUGGGAAAUCCUUUCGAUGGAAUGGAGAGCUAAUUGCACAUAAGAGAAUUCAUACUGGAGAAAAACCUUUUGAAUGUAGUGACUGUGGGAAAUCAUUUACAUGGAGUGGACAGCUCACUGAACACAAAAGGAUUCAUACUGGAGAGAAACCAUUUAAAUGUAGAGAAUGUGGGAAAUCCUUUAACCGUGGUGGACACCUCACUAGACAUAAGCGGAUUCAUACUGGAGAGAAACCCUUUAAAUGUAGUGAGUGUGGGAAAUGCUUUAUCCGGAGUUGGCAGCUUACCACACAUAAAAGGAUUCAUACUGGAGAAAAACCCUUUGAAUGUGGUGAGUGUGGGAAGUGCUUUAUUCAGUGUGGAGACCUUACUAGACAUAAGAGAAUUCAUACUGGAGUGAGACCCUUUGAAUGUAAUGAAUGUGGAAAAUCCUUUAGCUGGAAGCAAGAGCUUACUGCACAUAUGAGAAUUCAUACUGGAGAGAGACCUUUUGAAUGCCAUGAAUGUGGGAAAUCCUUUAGGUGGAGACAGCAACUUACUACACAUAAGAGAAUUCAUACUGGAGAGAAACUCCUUUGAAUCGAAAGUAUUACAGUUUUUAGCUGACAUUAAGACCUUACCAAACAUAAGAAAAUUACUAUCAGAGAAAAUUCUUUUGAAGUGUGUUAAGUGUGAGAAAUGUUUUAGAUGGAGUGGGCACCUUACCAACCCUUUUGGCUAGACUGGAUUGAAACUUCACUUAAGCUACUGAAUGUAAACAGUCUUUUAGCUCACAUCAGGACCUUUCUGAGCAUAAGAGGAUACAUAUGAAGGAGAAAACUCUCCUGGAGAAUAUCAGUUUUAUUGGAUUAUACAUCACCUUAAAAUGACCACAUCCAGUACCACCUUCUUAUGCUAUCUACAAGGCGUUAAUAACAAUUUUUUGUUGCUGUUGGACAGUUACUGUGAUUUUAUUUGUUUAGGAAACACCUUCAGCUAAUGCAACUCAGUGUCUACUUUGCAACUUAAGAGUCUCAAAGAGUUUCUGGGGGGACAUAGAGAUGUCAUAACUUAACAAGAGUCACAGCUAAUACGUCAAAGGUGGUACUCGAACCCAAUCUUUAUUAGCUUUUAAGGUCAAGUCUUUGUCCAUUACACAGGGCUCCCACUCCAAAUUUAAAUAUAUUUAAUUUAAAAAGCUCUGAAAAUUUUAAGAGUCAUAAAUCAUUUUCCUUUUAGUUAGAAGGAAGAAGCCUAAUGAUUACUUCUAACAGGUCAGUUUUAUUUGAUUAAAAUAGUGUGAAAAGAGAGACAAAAACCAAGAAUGCCCUUUAAUUAAAAAAAGAAACCACAGAUUUUUAGUUAUCUGCAUUUCCCACUUUAUCCUGACCCAUCUCCAUCCCAGAGAAUUAUCCCUUAGAACAAAACCAAAACAAAGCAUUAAAAAAGUCCGAUAUGACAUUUGACAUUACUUACUUAGCUUACUGCACGCUCCGCAAGGAAGUACUGGUAGGUGUCUUCUCAUUAUCUUUAUGGUCAGAUUUUGUCAUUAAAAUUUCAUAGCUUUCA